UGAUUUAUGGGUCAACUGGCACAAUUCUCUGGUCUCUACAGAAUUCAGACUUUUCUGCAUGGAGCCAUAUCUGAGCGUGUAGGCGUAUCAUAACUCCUCCUUAACGCUGCGGUGCCUGGAGCAGGGAGGGCUGGACGAGGACAGUCAUUGCUCUGUCUCGCAAGAGCCGAACGUGCCGGGUCUCUCCAUCUCCUGCUGCCAGACCUCCAGGUAUUUGGCCUAGAAGAAGGAUGUGGUAACUCCUGUGGGAUCCCUGGACGGGGAGGCUGGAAUAAAGAAAGAUGCCAGCUUCGGAGCCGGGGAGGCAGAGGGGUCGUGCCGCUGUCCUUGGGUUAUUCCUCACCGCUGCUCUUGUUGCGGCUGUCCAGAGUGCCUGCGAAAUUCCACCGCAUCUCCCAUCUGCGGAACUCAAAGAGCAAUACCGUGGCAUUUCCACAUUUCCCCAUUCUUCAGUGGUAGAAUACACCUGCCGUCCAGGUUACGUGAGAAAUGUUUAUGCCCGAAAUUCCUUCAUUUGUGGAAUUAACAAUAAGUGGCAGGGAUCAAAGGAGAUCUGUACACCAAAGCUGUGCACCUACCCUGGAGAGCCGGCCAACGGCAGACUCAUCCUAACAGGAAAGUUCAGUUUUGGUUCAGCAGUGACCUUCACCUGCAACACUGGGUACAGACUGGUUGGAAAUUCUCAAAUUCAAUGUGUGCUUAAGAACGGGGUUGUUACGUGGGACAGAGAUAUUCCCAUCUGCGAGCCAAUACCAUGUUCACCCCCUCCAGAAAUCGCUAACGGAGAGCACAGCGAAGCUGACAAAGAGCUCUUUGAAUACGGAGCAUCAGUCACUUACCGGUGCAACACUGUUAAAAGGGGAGAGACACCUUUCUCUCUGGUGGGAGAUGCCUCUAUUUUCUGUACAACCACAGAUAACAUAAAUGGUGUCUGGAACAAGCCAGCCCCGGAGUGCAAAGUGGUUAACUGUGAGCAUCCGAGCGUGGACAACGGGAAGCUGCUGAGCAGGUACCGGUCUGAGUAUACCUAUGGAGACUCCGUCAUGUUCGACUGCAACUUCCGCUACACCAUGAACGGCAGCGAUACAUCCACGUGCAAAGAAAACGGCUCUUGGGACCCUCCGCUGCCGCUGUGUCAGCUCAGUAGCUGUGACAACCCUCCAGAUGUGCCUAAUGCUAUGACAGUAAAACUUGCUGGCAAUUUGUUUCCUGUGGAUAGUGUCGUUACCUACGAGUGCAGCAAGGGCCACCAGUUCAGCUUUGGAGAAAACACAUGGCACAUUAAGUGUCUGCCAGAUUUUACGUGGUCUGAAACUCCACGUGCUUGCGAAAAAAUUCGUUGCCCAAAGCCAGACGUCAGGAAUGGAAGGCCCUUAUAUGCAUGGGAAGAAAAAGACAAUUACGUGUAUGGACAGAGACUUGAAAUUACAUGUAAUGAUGGCUAUGCUUUCCAAGGUCAUAGCAAUAACCUCGUGCUUCAGUGUGCAAGUGAUGGUAGAUGGGAUCCAGAAGUACCGGAGUGCACUCCAGAACCUCGUUGCCCAAAGCCAGAUACCACUCAUGGAAAAGAGGUUUAUAAAACUAAAAAUGACUACACAGUUGGGACCCAAGUGAGGCUGGCGUGUGAUUCAGGCUAUGUCCUCAGGGGCCACGAACUGACUGAGUGUCAGGCUGACGUGAGCUGGGCUCCCCCAUUACCGUUUUGUGAUAAAGUCUGUGACCGCCCUCCACAAAUCGCCAACGGGCAGCACUCUGGCUCGGGACGGGAGCAGUUCCCCUACGGCGCAAAGGUGACGUACAGCUGUGCGGAGGGUCUGUCCCUCAUCGGGGACGACUCCAUCUACUGCACCUCUGACGAUGGGGUGAACCUGGUGUGGAGCGGCCCUGCCCCGGAGUGCAAGGUGGUUCGGUGCCCCAAGCCCACGGUCGAGAGAGGAAGGAUGACUCCGCAGAUGUUCACCUUUCCCUACGGGGCGGCCGUGCGGUUCUCCUGUGACGAAGGCUUCGUGCUGCGCGGCGAUGCCGAGAGCCGGUGCCUGGCCGACGGCGCCUGGCACCCUGCCCUGCCCACCUGCCAGCCAGUUGUAUGUCCCAUACCCUCAGGACAGGAGGGCCUAAGGAUUGACUCUUUUAGAUCACUGUACGAGGUGAAUGAAACUCUGUACUUCCGCUGUAGACGUGACGGCACUCAAUCAAAAACUACCUGCUCAGCUAAUGGCACUUGGAUACCGCCACUCACGUGUAAAAAGAAUGCUGCAUGUGAGAAGAUUCUUCAAAACAGGAUGGAUUUCCAGUGUGGAGUUCCUCUGACAGAACUGAAAACUCUGCUGGAAGUCCAGAAACUGUACCUGGAGAUCCAGAAACUUGAAAAGGAGCUAAAACCCACAGCAUAUGACUGAUUGUCAUCACUGGUAUCAUAAGAACCAUCCUCUGUGUGUGUUGAAUAAUCAUGCUGGCUGAGGAUUUUUUUUAUGACUUCAUAAUUCAUGCUAAUACGUAGCCAGAACAAAAAUUACCAAUCAGUCAAGGAACAGAUUUGGUCAUAUGGGGAGUCAGAAAGUGAGGCCAACUUCUGGCUCACUCUGUUAGCGCUCACUGGCUUAGGUUUUUACAUCACUUUAUACAUUUUAAAGCUUUACAUUUAGAUAUGUUUAUUAUACUGACAAGUGUGCAGUUGGAAAGGAACUGAGUGGAAAGUCAAUCUUUGUCGGAGCUGAGCAGACGCCGUACGGACAGGCACGUGCACAGUACGAGCCACCAGCUCACACUUGCCCCACAAUUGCUGCAUCUCUUCAGCUGCAAUCCAGUAUAGCCCAUUGCUAUUCUGUUCGUAUAUACGUUGCACUCAUUAUUGUGAACAAGCACUUAACUGCCUAAUUAGCUGUGACCUUCAGAGCAGGCACGAUGAAGAAAACUUCAAAGCCUGUUUUCUAGCAAAACAAAAAUGUCAGGUUUUCUUCCCAAGCAGGGUGGAUGUAUCUGAGGCCAUGGCAGUGCCACUCGCUGCAUCUUUGUGUGUGCACCAAGAGCAGUUGUUGGAAAUAAAAGUGUAAAAAAAGAAGUAGCCGAACUGAUUCUGCAAUGUCCAGUAAAGGGGAAGUGCUCUGUUGGCAUGCAUCUUGUGAUCUGACCAGUACUCCUUCACCACGAGAUUAUAAUAAAGCUGCAAUUGUAAUGACA